AUGCAAUUGAAACGAUCAUCUGGAAUAUUGCUACAUAUAACAUCAUUACCAUCAUCAUAUGGAAUUGGUGAUGUUGGUCCAGAAGCUUUUAAAUUUAUUGAUUUUUUAGUUGAAACAAAACAAAAAUUGUGGCAAACAUUACCUAUAUAUCCAAUCAAUUCUCCAUCACCGUAUUCAAGUUUAUCAGCAUUUGCAGGUAAUUCAUGGUUAAUAUCACCAGAUAAAUUAUUAGAAGCUAAUUUAAUAUCAAAAGAUGAUUUAAAAUCAAUUGAUCGAUCAAAAUUUAACAAUGCAUAUGUUAAUUUUAAUGAAAUAAAAAAAAACAAAGAGAAAUUAUUAGAAAAAGCAUAUCUUAAUUUUAAAAAUAAUAAUGAACAGUCUUCAGAAAUUUUAAAUGAUUUUUUUCAACGUGAAAAAUAUUGGAUUGAUAAUUUUACAUUAUUUAUGACAAUCAAAGAAAAAUAUAAAAAUAGUACAUGGUCCGAUUGGCCUGAACCUUUACGUCGUCGUGAACAAACUGCAUUACAAAGGAUUCGUAAACUCAAAAAAGAUCGUAUAAAAUAUUAUUUGUUUGUUCAAUAUAUAUUUGAUCAACAAUGGAAUGACUUAAAAAAAUAUGCAAAUGAUUCUAACAUAAAAAUAAUUGGUGAUAUUCCUAUGUAUAUUGAUUAUGAUUCAGUUGAUGUUUGGGCAAAUUCUCAUAUAUUUCAAUUAGAUCACAAUGAUACCAUGAAACCAACUGUUAUAGCAGGUGUUCCACCUGAGCAUAAAUCAGAUAUACUACAAAAUUGGAAUAUGCCAAUCUAUGAUUGGAAUAAUAAAAAUGUUAGACAAGAUUUAUUUGAUUGGUGGAUAAAACGUUUACGUAGAACAUUGUCAAUUGUUGAUUUAGUUAGAAUUGAUCAUUUUCGUGGUCUAGAAUCACAUUAUGUUAUGCCAGUUGAUAUUGAAACACAAGAACUAAAUAUUUCACAAGCACAUUGGGUUAAAACACCUGGCCAUGAAUUAUUGACAGCUGUAACAGAAUCACUUGGUUCAGAUAUUCCAUUAAUUGUGGAAGAUUUAGGUAAUGUUACACCAGAAGUAUUUGAAUUACGUGAUCGUUUUCAAUUAUUUGGCAUUAAAAUUUUACAAAUGGGAUUUUAUCAGGAUUCAGAUAAUAUUUAUUCUCCCCAUAAUUAUAUUCCAAGUUCAAUUGCAUAUACAGGUUUUUAUCGUAUUAUUUUGAUUAUAAAUAGGACAACUACUUUUACAACUUUAUAA